UGCAAACACCACUAGCCAGUCCCAGCUUCUUUUGACGGAGCAGUCGCCGCCACCAAAGAAGCAGCAGCAGCGGCGGCGGCAGGAUUGUCAAAUUCGGGAGCCAGCUGUCCCCCCCCUCCCUGGCUAAUCCCUUCCGCUUCCCGGGAUCCUGGCUUGACAUCUCCGGACCCAGGAGCUGCAUGAGUGUGCGUGCAGAACAGCGGAAGAAUGGCAGUCCUCAAACUCACCGACCAGCCCCCACUGGUCCAAGCAAUUUUCAGUGGUGAUCCAGAAGAGAUACGAAUGUUGAUCUACAAAACGGAAGAUGUGAAUGCUCUGGAUGCUGAGAAGCGGACUCCACUUCAUGUUGCAGCUUUUCUGGGAGAUGCAGAGAUCAUUGAACUCCUAAUUCUUUCAGGGGCUCGUGUAAAUGCCAAGGACAAUAUGUGGCUGACCCCACUCCACCGUGCUGUUGCCUCUCGGAGUGAAGAAGCUGUUCAAGUAUUGAUUAAGCACUCAGCUGAUGUCAAUGCUCGGGACAAGAACUGGCAGACUCCUCUCCAUGUGGCUGCUGCAAAUAAGGCUGUUAAGUGUGCAGAAGUCAUCAUCCCACUGCUAAAUAGUGUCAAUGUCUCUGACAGAGGAGGGCGGACAGCCUUACACCAUGCAGCUCUGAAUGGUCAUGUGGAGAUGGUCAAUUUGCUCUUGGCUAAAGGAGCAAACAUCAAUGCAUUUGACAAGAAGGACAGGAGAGCUCUUCACUGGGCAGCAUAUAUGGGCCACCUCGAAGUGGUAGCACUGCUUAUUAACCAUGGUGCAGAAGUCACCUGCAAGGACAAGAAAGGUUACACCCCCCUGCAUGCUGCAGCCUCCAAUGGACAAGUAAAUGUGGUUAAACACCUCCUCAAUCUAGGGGUGGAGAUUGAUGAAAUCAAUGUCUAUGGAAACACAGCACUUCAUAUUGCCUGUUAUAAUGGACAAGACGCUGUAGUCAAUGAACUGAUUGAUUAUGGUGCCAAUGUGAACCAGCCUAAUACCAGUGGAUUCACCCCUCUGCACUUUGCUGCUGCUUCUACUCACGGUGCUCUCUGCCUUGAACUGUUAGUGAACAAUGGGGCAGAUGUGAAUGUCCAGAGUAAGGAUGGAAAGAGUCCACUGCACAUGACAGCUGUCCAUGGAAGGUUCACACGAUCACAAACACUCAUUCAAAAUGGAGGUGAAAUUGAUUGUGUGGAUAAGGAUGGCAACACCCCUCUCCAUGUGGCUGCAAGAUAUGGUCAUGAGCUUUUGAUUAACACCUUAAUAACCAGCGGAGCUGACACAGCCAAAUGCGGUAUCCACAGCAUGUUCCCCUUACAUUUAGCAGCACUGAAUGCUCACUCUGACUGCUGCAGGAAGUUGUUGUCUUCAGGACAAAAGUAUAGCAUAGUGUCCUUGUUUAGUAAUGAGCACGUGCUGUCUGCAGGCUUUGAAAUAGACACACCAGAUAAAUUUGGAAGAACCUGCCUUCAUGCUGCUGCCGCAGGAGGUAAUGUGGAAUGUAUAAAACUCUUGCAGAGCAGUGGAGCAGAUUUCAGUAAGAAGGAUAAAUGUGGGAGGACGCCUUUGCACUAUGCAGCUGCAAAUUGUCAUUUCCACUGUAUUGAGACAUUAGUGAAUACCGGGGCCAACAUUAACGAGACAGAUGACUGGGGACGAACACCUUUACACUAUGCUGCAGCUUCAGACAUGGAUAGAAAAAGAAAGAACAUUUUGGGGAACACCCAUGAAAAUGCAGAAGAACUUGAAAGAGCCAGUGAGCUAAAGGAAAAGGAAGCUGCCUCAUGCCUGGAAUUUCUACUUCAAAAUGAUGCAAACCCAUCAAUUCGGGACAAGGAAGGUUAUAACACUGUACAUUAUGCUGCAGCCUAUGGGCACCGGCAAUGUUUGGAAUUGAUUGGAAGCAAAAUUCCACUGGAUAUACUUUUGGAAAGAACCAACAACAGUUUUGAGGAAUCAGACUCCAGUGCCACAAAGAGCCCCCUGCACUUAGCUGCCUACAACGGCCAUCAUCAAGCCUUGGAAGUACUUCUGCAAUCCCUUGUAGACCUGGAUAUCAGGGAUGAAAAGGGCCGAACAGCUCUGGAUCUAGCAGCCUUUAAAGGACAUGCAGAAUGUGUGGAGGCGCUCAUCAAUCAAGGAGCAUCCAUCUUUGUGAAAGACAAUGUCACCAAAAGGACCCCACUUCACGCCUCUGUCAUUAAUGGUCACACACUGUGCUUACGACUGUUACUAGAAAUUGCAGACAACCCAGAAAUUGUCGAUGUGACAGAUGCCAAAGGACAAACCCCACUGAUGCUGGCUGUUGCCUAUGGACAUAUUGAUGCUGUUUCUUUGUUACUUGAAAAAGAAGCAAAUGUAGAUGCUGUUGACCUCAUGGGAUGCACAGCUUUACACAGAGGGAUCAUGACCGGACAUGAGGAAUGUGUCCAAAUGCUUUUGGAACAGGAAGUCUCCAUUCUGUGUAGGGAUUUCCGAGGAAGGACCCCCCUGCACUUUGCGGCAGCUCGUGGCCACGCCACUUGGCUGAGUGAGUUAUUGCAGAUGGCACUUUCAGAGGAAGACUGCUGUUUCAAAGAUAACCAAGGUUACACUCCAUUGCACUGGGCUUGUUACAAUGGUAAUGAAAACUGUAUAGAGGUACUUUUGGAACAAAAAUGUUUUCGCAAAUUCAAUGGUAAUCCCUUCACCCCCUUGCACUGUGCUGUAAUUAAUGACCACGAAAAUUGUGCAUCACUGCUUAUUGGGGCCAUAGAUCCCAGCAUUGUCCAUUGUAAAGAUGACAAAGGACGAACCCCACUUCAUGCUGCAGCUUUUGCUGAUCACGUGGAAUGCUUACAGCUUCUUUUAAGCCACAAUGCACAAGUGAAUGCUGCAGAUAAUUCAGGGAAAACACCACUCAUGAUGGCAGCUGAGAAUGGACAAGCAGGUGCUGUGGAUCUUUUGGUGAACAGUGCCAAGGCUGAUCUGACUAUAAAGGAUAAGGACUUGAACACACCCUUACAUUUGGCUUGUAGUAAAGGUCAUGAAAAAUGUGCCUUGUUAAUACUUGACAAGAUACAAGAACAGAGCCUUAUUAAUGCAACAAAUAAGACAUUGCAGACACCUCUCCAUAUUGCUGCAAAGAAUGGCUUGAAGAUGGUGGUAGAAGAGCUGCUAGCCAAGGGAGCAUGUGUCCUUGCUGUAGAUGAAAAUGGUAUUGGAAUUAGCACCGCAUGCAUAUUUCUCAGAAGUCAUACCCCAGCCCUGGCUUGCGCUCCUAACAAGGACGUGGCUGACUGCCUGGCACUCAUUUUGGCUACCAUGAUGCCUUUUUCUCCUUCCAGUACAAUGACGGCUUUCAACUUCGUUUGUUUUAAAAAAGACCAUUUGAGCAGGACACAGAUCUGCGAUGGCACCAAUCUGAGUGGCACCGUUAGCUCUUGCACUCACAAUAUAGGAUCAGAGGACGGGUACAAUGAAAAUGAUUCUGAUUCGGAAACAUUCUGACUCUGGACUUCAGAAGCUUCCACUUAAUUACUUCCAUUAGGUGGAGAAGGCGGGCAGGAAGAAUUUUUAUUCCCCAAAUUAUGUUGUAUCAGAGUGUCACACCCAAGCUUUGAGAACAAGAGAGAGAAGGGUUUAGUAAAGUGUGCAAUGAGCCUAUAGGAGAGGAUAUGGAGUUUUUGAUGGCAAAUAUUCUCACAAAAUGUGCCCUGAUUUUUAUUUACAUCAUGUUUUCUUCCUAUCUAAAGUACUACUGUGAAAGUCUACCUCUCAUCUUAAGUAGGGAUUUUUUAAAAAGGCAUUUUAUUAUUUCUUCUUUUGAAAUAAUGCAACAGAGUAAGGGGCUAUUAUAUCAAGGAUAUUUUUUUUUAUUAUGUCCUUGCUGUACAGUUAAUUCUCAGAAGCUUAUCAAUGUGGCUUUCUUGUACCACAGGGGAGUUUGUCCUCAAAUUUCUCCUCACUCUGAUGUUUACUUCCUCAUUACAAGCCAAAGGUAAAGUUCACCUUCAGAGAUAUCGCCUGGAUUGUUGUUGCUAGGAGAGUUUAACUAUUCACAUGUAUUCUCUCUGCCUCUCUAUCUUUGUUGGUCUGUCCCUGUCUCUCUGUUUUUCUUUCCUUUCUCUGCCUAUUCAUAUACAAAAAUACAUACAUUCAUACAUAUAUAUCAACACACAUUAAACACACAUGUCUAGGAGGCAUGUGCCAAGAAUCUUUGUCUAAUAGAUGAAUAUUGAUCUAAAAUUUGAUCCCAUUUUUAAAGGAUAAUGCAAGUAUGACAUACACUAGAUUAUGUGAUGGAUAAUUAAUAAUUUUCACCUGAUCCAUUCAACUAAUCUACCAUAGAAAGUUUUAGUAGAUAAUUACAUGGUUCAUAAACUUUGUAACUAUGUGCCAGUUUCAAAUACAGUGGGAUUUUUUCCCAUUGAUUCUUCCUCAACUAAAUCAAAAUACUUUGUUUAAAAAAAUUAACUACCAGGUUGUUAAAAAAUAUUCUCUACACUAUAUUAAGAAGUUAAAUUGUUUCUUUGCUUAAGAGUAAUACAAAGCAAGAAAUAGUGUAAGUCCCAAAGUGAACAUAGGCAUAAAAUGGGAAGUAGUAACAUGAGACUUGGAAAGAAAUGUCAUUUGGCAUCUACUUGAUAAGUGGGAUCAACAUUGUGAAUACUGUAUCUGCUCCUUCUGCCAAAGCUUCUAGGUCAAAUGGACCCCGUUCCUCACCUGGGACAGAUGUGCAAAAAGAAGAAUGAGCCUUUGAAAAAAUAUAUAUAUACAUGUAUAUUUUUCACAUAUAAUAUAUGUGUGUAUAUAUCAUCAACCAACUAUACAUGAGGACCAAAAUGCUUCAGUAUCUAAAAUGGAAGAUAAUUUUUUUUCCUUCAAAAUGGAAGUGAGAAUGAUGUAGCUUUUCUAAAAAGUUAAAAUGUAAACUUUUUGAGUCUUGGUUGUAUUUUACAUUUCUUAUGACACAGAUUUAUAGUUGAUGGUUUAACAUUUGUAACCAAUGUGUUGACCACAAUUUUAUUUUUUUGCCAAACCAGAGAAAAUGUUCAUAUAUACUUUUGAUGUAAAUGUGUUUGUAUUUAUUUGAAAUGAAGCAAAAGCCCAGGAAUUUUCUCCAUACUUAUGUUUUAAUUGUUAUGUGUCUUAUCUGGUCUAACAAAGAAAAAAAAUAUGGGGGGGAAAAACAAACAAGCAAAUAAACAGUUGACUCUGGGCUAGUCAGAAUGCCUGGGGUCCCUAUCCCCAGAAUAUCCAUUGUUAAGGUUUACAGGCUAACCUCAGGUUCUUCCAUAUCUAUUUGGGGAUACAGAAUGCAGAGUCAUUCCAUUGCUCACAUCCCCUCCCACUGUAGCUUGCAGGGCAUUGUAUCUCUCAAUAAGGAAGGCCAAACUCCAGGUGAGUAUACUCUAGACUCAGUUCUUGAAAGAUGAGAAUAAAAAUGGAUGGUCAUAUGUGUCAACAUGAUCCAGAAGUGAAAGGUUUAAAAGUGAUCCUGCUAACCACAAGAUUAUACAUAGUCCCAAUAAAAAGGAUCCUAGUAGGAAAACUAUGAUAUAAAUUGCAAUGAGAGAAGUUAAAAUCACCAGUCUACGUGCUUAGUUUUCCACUUGAGCCAAGAAAAAAGAAAGAAAUAUGCCUCUGAUAUUUCUUUCUUUGUCUAGUGUAGCCCUGGAAAUUUCUAUUUUAUAAUAAUCAUGAACAUUUUUUAAAACAGUGUUCUAUGAGAUCUAAGUAAACUAUAGAUAUUAUAUUGUGUUUUCAAUAACUGUAAAAUACCUUAAUGUUUUAGCAUCUUGGAGGAGUUAAAAAAAAAAUUGGAACUCACUUUACUCAUCAUGAAUGAGAACUUGUUCCAAGGAUUUGUAGAAUUGGUAUUAAUUUCAUUGAAAAAGUUCAAUGACAUUUUUUUUAGAACUCUGAGGAAAAGGGAGUAUUUUCUCCUUUUUCCUUCUUAACAUUAGUACUGUAUUCCUUUUUUUGAGAAGAAUGAUUUAAAAAAAAAUGUUGCUUACUAGCAAUAACUACCUUAUCUUUAUUAAAGCACUGAAAAUAAGGGGAAACCAGCUUUGAAGGAGAGCUGUAUACUGUGGUGUCUUUUUCCUAGAAGUGACUGGAAAUCUCUUAAUGGUAUUUGGAAUGAAAUGGAGUAGUCUUUUAAACAGAAAUAAAAUGUCUUCUUUUAGAUGACUAAUGUUGAAUUUUUCUGUAGAGCAGAGAGGACAGGUGAUAUUGCGGCAAACCACAGUGAUUCAAUCUAAUCUCAGUGGAAUUGUAUUUUACCUUUCUAUUCUAUUAAAUUGUGGGGAGGAUAAAGGAACAAAAUUGAAAUCUGCUUACCAGGAACUGACCAUUAAAUUUGUUUUUUCCUUUUCUUGAAUUGUUUUUGGUGACUACAAAAUUUGCUUUUAUUUAGGACAUAAGUAAAAAUUGCAUUUAAUUUUUGUAACUUCUAUGUCUACUGUUAGAAAAAAAUCAUAUUUUGAACAAGGAUCACUAAGAAAAAACAGUUUUUUAAAAUAAAUUUUCAGAUUCCUACAUCAUGGUAUUUAUUGCUCCUACUUAAACACUUUUUUAAGACUGUAUUUUAACCAGAGACACAGAGAUUUUUUUGCAUUGCACAUAACUCUUCUUGUUCACCAGUGUCUGCCUAUCUUUGAUAAUAUGUUUCUAUCUAUCUCCAAAUUGCCUAAAAUCUGUUCUGAUUCUACAGUAAAUAGCUCAGGGGAUUUCUAUUUAUCACUACUAAAAGGGCACCAUAGUAUGUUUGGUACUUUAUACAGUAAACAACUGCUUGAAUUGUUAUUUUAUUAUUAAAUUAGAGCAAGAACAUCAAAUGAAUUGCUGCAGUAGUUAUUCUUUGUACUGUUGAGAAACUUGGUUAGCUCUCUGUUGGUUUGGUUUCAGAACUUGCGUCUUUUUUGGUCUUGUAAUAUGAAGUUAGAGUGCCUUUUUAUAUUCGUGUAUUCUGAAAAUGUUUUGUGAAAUUUAUUGUAUUUUUUUCCAUUUGAGUGUUAUCGAAGCAAUAUAAUACCAGUCAGUUUUUAUUUCAAACUUUCUUUGAAUGUAUAAAGUCAUUUUCCCCAUUCCCUUUCACUUGCUUUGAAUUUAAAAUGAAUAUGCUAAAUUUCCAUAGGACUGAUGUAUGAUUUUUUUUGCAGUGAAUAAAAAAUGCUUUCUUCUUACAGAAACUGUAAACCAUAGAUCAGUGUUAGAGGGAGAAAGCAUUUUAAAAUAGUGACAAUCUGAGAGUGUGUAUAAAAUGUAAUUCUAUGCGUUUCUUAUGCAGUGAUCUAAAUAUUCAAAGCCAAUAUCUUAUGUUUGGUAGUUUUGUCAACAUAUUUUAUGCUUUAGCAUGUGCAAUAUAUCUUUACAAAGCACGAUGACACAAAUCUGGUGCCAGUGUUAUAUUUUGCAUAACAUAUUUGUAAUGGCAGAAAUUAUUGGUUGAUGGUUUCAGUGGGAUUUUGUCUGUAAUGUUUUAUUAUGUAAAUUGAAGUUGAAUGACUUCAGUAAAUGUUAUAACUGUAAAAAUGAGGAAAAAAACUCAAUGCAUUGAAUGACUGAUCCAACCUGAAUCUUCUCAAGCACAGUUUAAUAUCUUUUUCAACUACUGAAUGCUCUAUUAAUGUAAUGAAAUACGUAACUGUAAACUAUUGAAAUGCAUUCAGAUGGUUAUUUUUACAAAUAAAAACGGUACAAAUAUUGUGA